CCUUGUGAGCAUGCGCGAGGCGGGCUGUUCGAAGGCGCGGCUCGGGCCGGCCAGGCGGGGAAGCGGCUCCCUCAGGCGGCCGCUCGCGCAUGCGCCGUCGCUGCCCCAGCGCCUCAGCGGGGGUGGGCGCCGAGGGUUAAACACAAGGUGAAUAAGCAUGUCAAUAGUUACAGUCCAGCUCGGACAGUGCGGUAAUCAAAUUGGUCGUGAGGUGUUUAAUGCUAUCUGCAGUGAUGUCCAUGGCGCACACGGACUGUGUUCCAAGAAGGAGAAUGAAUCCUAUCAUGAUGCAUGUAAAGAACGCUUUUUCAUCGAGGCAGAAUCUGGAGUACCUGUUGCCCGGGCUGCGCUUGUUGACAUGGAACCUAAAGUAAUCAGCCAAACUCUGUCAAUAGCUGCCAAGUCUGGCUACUGGAAAUACGAUGAUCAUUCACACUUCUGUCAGAAGCAAGGGUCUGGGAACAACUGGGCAAAUGGUUACACUGUUCAUGGGCCUAGACACAAAGAAGUAAUCAUGAAUCUGGUACAAAAAGAAGCAGAGAAAUGUGACCGACUUGGUGGAUUUUUCACGAUAAUGAGCAUGGCUGGUGGUACAGGAUCUGGUUUAGGAGCAUUUGUGACCCAAUGUUUGAGAGAUGCUUUUCCAUCCUCAUUUAUAUUAAACCAUGUUAUCUGGCCCUACGGCACUGGUGAGGUCAUUGUUCAAAACUACAACUCUGUUUUGACUCUGUCACAUCUGUAUCAGUCAUCAGAUGCUCUUCUUGUUCACGAAAAUGAUGUCAUCCACAAGAUCUGUGCUCAGCUAAUGCAUAUGAAACAGAUCUCCUUCAAGGAUGUAAACCAAGUCAUUGCACAUCAGCUAGGGAGUGUUUUCCAGCCCACUUACACAGCAGAAGAUGGCUUACACUACAGCAGAAACCCAUUAGGAGACUUAAUGGAGACAUUAGUUCCACAUCCUGAAUUCAAGAUGUUGGGUCUUCGUAACAUACCUCAGAUGCCUGAAAAUUCCCUUGCAUAUAGCACAUACAGUUGGCCUGGACUCAUCAAACAUCUAAGGCAAAUGCUCAUUGCUAAUGCCAAAAUGGAAGAAGGUAUUGAUUGGCAAGUACAGCCGCCACGUCCGGGCUCCUCCAUUCCCUCCAGCCAUUCCACAAACAAGCUGCUGCAUUUCAAUACUUCCAUUGCCAACCUGGUUAUCCUGAGAGGAAAAGAUACGCACAGUGCAGACUUAGGAAGUUUCCGAGAUCCUUCAUUAUAUACGUCAUGGUUAAACCCUCAGGAUGCUUUUAGUGCAUGGAAAACACCAAGAGCAUUUAAUAAGUAUGAAAAGUCUGCUUCUUUGGUUAGCAAUAGCCAGUUCCUGCUGAAACCUCUUGACAAUGUUGUACGAAAAGCUUGGAAUAUGUUUGCUUCCAAAGCCUAUGUUCACCAGUACACUAAAUAUGGAAUUGAAGAGGAAGACUUCUUGGACAGCUUCACAGCUCUGGAACAAGUUAUCUCCAGUUACACCAUCCUUUGAUUUUUGAAAUCGUCUCUUCCUGAAAGAAUCCAGCACUGGAAGACCUUCCAUCAGCUUCCUAAAGUACAUAAAUCACUGAACUAUAACUAUUUUUCAGUUUCAUGUGCACUGUGUGCCUGUGUUAGAAUAGUAAGAACUGAAUGGGAACUGAGUAUAUUCAUAUGGGCAGGUAUUAUUCAUAUUUAAUAUAUGUAAUUGCUAUUUUUCAAUACAGUUAUCUACUGAAGCUAAAUCUUUGAACAUCAUUUUUAGUACUUGCAUAUUUUUUUAUGAAGACUUUCUAUUAUAAAGGAUUUUUCUCUAGACAUUCUGGCUUCUCCCUUUCCAACUUUUCAUGCUAACACUUUGUCCUAGAAUGCUUCAAUGUUGAUAAAAAUGUACACAAUCAGAAUUAUGAAUCCAAACUCCAUUUGUGUAUCAUUCAGAAGCCAAUACACUGCCACCUUGUCCUUUACAGCAAAGUAAGGCCUAAAUUCUAUUUUAAGGGCCUUAAUCAUGACAAUACACUGGAAAUUCUGAACCAUCUGAAAAAAAAAUAAUAAUAAAGAACAGGGUGUUCAUUUUCUUGGUAUCUUGAAAUAAUAUUAGAGAUUAUA